GCGAUCAAGUUGAGUCCAAUAUUUUUCUAGUUUAUUGUUGAUAAUUUGAGCUGGGCAUUGACGGGGACAGUGAUUCUCCUCUUUGCAGCAACAUGGCUUAAUUACCUCCUGUACACGGAAUGGACAGGCCGUGCUUGCUUAACAUCAACAUAUAUAAAUGAUGUUUAGCGGGUCAAAAGCUGCUCAUGGCCUUAACAUAUUUAGAUGGAAAUGGCGUGGUGAAUCAUCUUUAACUACAGGCUUACUAGAUGAUGUGCCUCCUGAAAUCGAGUUGUCCGACUAUCACAGAGCGCCAAGUGCUGGUAGUGAAAGCCCGUCUGGUCUUCUUAAUGGUGAGAGCUUCAGUGUUGAACCGAUUGCUGAUCUAGACCUGUUCUUUGAGAGGCUUUACAGCUACCACUGUGAGAAAGGGCUAUGGUGCAUUAUCAUCAAGUGGAUUUUUGAGCUUUUGGGACUGGCUUUCACCACAUUCUUCUCUGCAUUUUUCUUAUUAAUUGUUGAUUGGAAUGGGCUUCGCAAUGCAAAGUGUGGGAUGGAUGCUGUAGAAUCUGGAAUUAAGCCUUGCGAUCUAUCUAAGGAAGCUCUUCAUCAGCAUCCAUUGACACCUUUUACGGUUUCUAAAGCUAUUGUUGUUGGUUACCUUGGAAUCUUUUCCAUAUACUGGAUCUUUUGCUUCUUAAGAUUCUUUGCACAGCUGAAGGACACCUUAAAAAUUCGGGACUUUUACUACAACAGUCUCCAUGUCACAGAUAAUGAAAUACAUACCAUGCCAUGGGCAUCGAUUCUUGAAAAAAUUGUUCAAUUACAGAAUUCGCAACAACUAUGUGUGGUCAAAGAUCUUUCAAUUCAGGAUGUGGUUAUGCGAUUGAUGCGGAAGGAAAAUUAUUUGAUUGGAAUGGUCAACAAAGGAGUGCUUGCAUUCCCUAUUUCUCCAUGGGUACCUGGUGUUGGUCCUGUCAAAUUUUCUUUGAGUGGUCUCCAAUAUCGUCUGAUGCUAACAAAGACCCUAGAGUGGACACUUAAUUGGUGUAUACUGCAGAGCAUGUUUGAUAGGAAUUAUUGUGUAAGAAGGGACUUUGUGUCCGAUCCUAAAACAUUAAAGAAAAGGCUUAUGAUUGUUGGAAUUGCAAUGCUUUUUCUUUCCCCAUUUCUUGUCAUAUUCAUGCUGGUGUAUCUCUUCUUGAGGCAUGCUGAACAGUUCUACAAUCAUCCAAGUACAGCGUCAUCCCGUAGGUGGUCAACUCUAGCAAAGUGGAUGGUUAGGGAAUACAACGAGGUUGACCACUUAUUUAGGCACAGGAUAAACAGCAGUAUAGUACAUGCAUCUGAUUAUCUGAAGCAAUUCCCCUCUCCUAUUAUAUCACUGAUUGCGAAGUUCAUCUCUUUUGUUUCUGGUGGUUUUGCUGCUGUUCUUAUAAUCAUUGCUUUCCUAGAUGAAUCUCUGCUGGAAGGCCAUAUAUUUGGUCGCAACUUGUUAUGGUAUGGAGCGGUUUUUGGAGCAAUCACUGCUAUUAGUCGGGCUGCAAUAACAGAUGAACUUCUUGUCCUUAAUCCACAUGAGGCGAUGUCGCUUGUAGUCCAACACACGCAUUAUAUGCCCAAGCGAUGGCGAGGGAAAGAACAUACUGAGGGUGUCCGGUUGGAGUUUGAAACUCUAUUUCAGUAUACUGGUAUGAUGUUGCUGGAAGAGAUGGCUUCGAUCUUUGUUACGCCUUACCUACUUCUAUUUGUCGUUCCAAAGAGAGUGGAUGCUAUUCUGCAGUUCAUUACGGAUUUCACGGUAGAUGUCGAGGGUGUUGGCCAUGUUUGCAGCUUUAGUGCCUUUGAUUUUAGGAACCAUGGCAAUAGCAAAUAUGGUUCGCCCUUUAAUGCUCCCCGCGCCCAGAGGAGUUCCCAGGGGAAAAUGGAAAAAUCGUUCUUGAGCUUUCAUACUAGCUACCUCUCCCCGGAGCCCAACGCUGAUGGGAAAGAAUUCCUUUCGAGAUUGAAAGCCUUCCGAGAACAGAAGCUGCGUGGGCAGGAAAUCAGACCUGCGUAUCCAACCGGACCAACCUCGAGAUUUCAACCGUGGAAUCUCAACUUUAGAGGCUCGAGUGACAGGAAUCCCUAUUUCUCGAGGGAGAUGAACAUCGAUAACUUGGGGGGCAGGUAUCAGGUGGACUCGAUGUGGCUGAUGGCGGGAGAACAGAGAAGUUAUCCUUAUAUUCUCGACUGGUAUUAUACCUCGUGUCCUCACGACAUGACCGAUGGUGCGGGACCCACUCAACGUGAUCAGUUUGAUGCGGGUGAGGAAAGCCUUGAAGAUGUUUGGAAGCGAUCCGAUUCAUCGCAAAACAAAUUAGGCGACGAGAAUUGGGGGCACACAUUCGACGAUAGAACACAAAGCCACCUCGAUGCUUCAACGUCCGCUCCUCUCUUCCGGGAAAGCAGCGUCCUGCAGCAACACGACAACAACAACAUGGCACAUUCCCCAAAGCGGGACUGGUGGGCUAGAAGUAGACCGCAAGUUCGGGAUCCCCAGACGAGCUUUCUCGAGCCUUCUUCCGCUUUCUUCAACCGCGGUGGUACUCAGGCAAGCUUUCUCGAACCUCCUCCUUUCAUUAACCGUGGCCCUCAGACAAGCUUUCUCGAGCCUACUUCUUCCACCCACCAUCCUCAGACAAGCUUUCUCGAGCCGUCAACUCUCAACCGCCAUCCCCAGGCGAGCUUCGUUGAGCCCCCGACGACCUCCGACCGAUAUCCUCCUCGAGAUAAUUAUGAUACCUCCUCUGACAGAAGUGUAGAUGAACAGGAAAACCUGGAUUUGAGGAACUCGAAUAGGUUGUUGACACGAACGUUCUUCAUGGAUGAAUCGGGGGGAGACUUUAACCUUCCUUUCGAUGAUAUUUAUGGAAGGCGUUCGGCAAGCUCCAGUAGGAGGAGCUCAGAUGAUGCUGCAGAUCUCGUGUGAUUGCGUGGCGUGGCUUUUCGUUUUUCUAACAGGAAGUGGAACGUUCUUUCCUGUACAUAAAAUUAGUUUAAAGGCUCUUUGGGUUGAUUAUUUGGACAGUGAUUUAGAUGCCCAGUUCAGUCUCUAAUCCUCUGAUAAAGUAAACACGUACUAUAAAUUUGAUUGAUUAUCAUUGUGGUCAGGUCCAAUGAAAUAUUUGUACAUAAUUCAAGUUCGAAUUCAUAAACGUUAGUUCAUUCAAUGAUAGCUGGUAGUUAGUAUUUGAAU